AGUAACAGCUAAUCAAGUUUGUUUCUUUUGUAUUUUGGUUAGAUUGUUAUUAUAUUUUAAAAAUAUUAAAUACUAAAUAAAAUACAAUAUUCUAACAUAAUUGUGUUGACAAAAGUUAAUAAAAGCUACUUUUUAAAGAAAUGUCUUCGCCGACGGAGGAGAGCGUGAGGCGUAACAGUGAAAGCGAAGGCGGAGAAGUGGAGACACCAGAGCACGAUCCACAUUAUGAGCCUAUUGUAUCUUUGCCACUCGUUGAUAUACAAACCAAUGAGGAGGAAGAGGAAGAGCUCUGCAAGAUACGAGCGAGGCUCUACAGAUAUGACACUCACGAUCACGAGUGGAAGGAGAGAGGCACUGGUGAUAUAAAAUUGUUACGUCAUAAAGCAAAUAAUUCAGUACGAGUAGUAAUGAGACGUGACAAAACAUUAAAGGUUUGCGCCAAUCACUUCAUUACUCCGGAUAUUCGUAUGAAUGUCCAUUGCGGGUCUGACAAAGCCUUCAAUUGGUCUGUUUUUGCUGAUUACGCAGAUGAAACCUGCAAGCAGGAGUUGCUUGCUAUAAAAUUUGGUAAUCCACAAAAUGCAGAACUAUGGAAAACGAAAUUUGCUGAAGCCCAAGAAAUUGUCAGAACUAAGUGCAGUCUUUACACUCAAGAUCAGUCUUCAGAUGACGAGAGUAGUAUUACAAGGAGUGAAGAUACAGACACUCCAGAACCGAAAAGUUCUGAAAAAACAGUGGACGAAGAAGCAAAGAAAGAAAAAGGUGAAAACGUAGAAUCUGAUGGUGUCAUAUUACAACUUAAAGAACUAAAAGUGGACAGUGAAAAGUCAGAGUAAUGCAUUUACUACAUAAAUUCCAUUUGUUUUUGUAAAAAGGUUAAUUUUAUCUUCAAUGUCAUUGAAGGAAUUUUGCAUUUGUUAUAAAGUGGAAAACAACUUAGUAGUUAGAGGUAAUUUUUUAGAUGAAACUGGAUCCAUUUAAAAUUUGUGAGUAAUAAAAAUUUACAUCUAUGAGUAAACACAAAAAUGUUUUGUAAAAUAUAUGGCAAGACGUGCAUGCUUACUAACUUGUAUUGUAAUUAAUACAUUUUUCUAUUCAGACGUCUAUUGAAGUAAUGCAAUAAGAUUAUUCACUCAUUUGUAUGGAUCAUAUUUUUUUAGAGUAGUAUGUUUUAUUUCAUUAUAAUAAAAUACUAUUAGUACAUAUUUUACUUAUGAUUUUUUUAAUACUAGAAAAAUAGUUUAUAUUAUUAAACUUAUGUAUUGAAACGUCUCUAGUAAUUGAAUUUUAAAAUGUAACAAUUUACAUUUGAAUUUUGUGAUCAUUGGAUUUGAUGAGAUAAUUCUCGAAUAGUUAUUUUUUAUAGUUUAAGAUUUCAUGCAUUCAACAUUUUUGUAAUACAUUACAUAUCAUUUUAUAAUUUGUUUGUAUUUAAAAUGAACUACUGUAUCCAUUUUAUAUCAAAAUUUUUCACAUAAGAAAAUUGGAUGUUUUUACUAUUCAUGUAGUUUUAAACAAAUAUUUUUGGACUAUAAACUGGCACUUGAAUGCUGUUGUCUAGAUUUGAUGAAAAUUAUAAUAAAUAUAGAUUUUCGAAGGAACAACUUCUAAUAAAAA